AUAAAUAGAACCCAAUCUAGGGUUUCCACCGAGACUAGAUCGAUCUUGCCGGCGACGGCAGCAGCAACUUCUCGCGCGUGAUGGAGAUGGAGGCGGAGACGCGGAAGAGAGACCGCCCAAGGGAAGCGGUCGUCCCGAGGAGGAAGAAGGAGAUUACUCCGGCGGAACAGCAGUGGAUGGCGCUCGCGGCGGCGGAAGCGCUCGCGGCGCGGGAGAAGGCGAUGGCCGAGGAGAAGGAUAAGCCGCCGACGGACUUUCUCGCCGUGCAGGCUGCCGAGUUCCGCGAGUCCUGGACCAGGCUCUGGUCCGACCACUUCGGCGACUUCGAGGACACCACCAAGAUCCCACCCAUGCGUUUUACAGAUAAUCCUGCGCCGCCCUACACUGCCUUCCGCGACGAGACUCUACAGAUCUUUUCAGUCAAAGUCGCAGGAGUAAGACAGGGUUUACAAUGGCCGCUCCAUGUGUUUGGUACAGUUGCCCUACGCGACGCAGUUGAUCGCAAUCGCAAUAUUAUCUUCAACCGUAAAAGGGAUAACUGCCAGACCCUCACCCAAGAGGACCCAAAUUUAGCACUGACAGGUCCUACCCGUGCUGUUGUGAUGUUGCGUCCUGUGACCUUCGAGGUUGAGCUGACAGUGAGGGGCAAUACUGAAUCUGAGGAUAAAGACUUGAGCUAUCUAGCCGUGCCAUUAAUGCAUCGAUCUCCAUUUGAUUCAUGCCUUUUUAUCAGUGAUUACACUAGCAAGCUUAGCACACUUGAGUUUACACAUGCUCAUCUUUUUUACUCUGUGGAGGCCACAAUAAGUGUGCGAGUCAUUGGUGGGUCAUGGCAUGGUUACCGCUGUCAGUUUUUUGCCUGUACUGCCAGUAUCAAUCAGGAGGUCUUGUUACUUGAUUCUGGAAACGAGGAAGUUCCUGUUGCUGGUGAUGGCGAUAUUGAGCUUUCAAGGAAGGUUGCUUCUGUUGAAUUUGAGGGAAAGUUGAAGGUUUUUGUCAAGGCAUGGCAUGGUGAUAACUUUUUUGUGAAGAAAGAGAUGGUUUUCACACCUAAGGAAGCUGGUAGAAGCCAUGGUAUUCUUAAUGUUGGCUUCUGUAAAAUGAAAGUCACCGUCGCUUGGUCGCUUAUUUCACGUGAUCAUAAUCCUACUAAAAGUUUAGUUUAGUUGCUGGAAGUAAUAACAAUAUUUAUGAUGCGCAGUGGGAUGUUUAAGUUUUGCAUUCCACGGGUAUUGUAGCUUUUUCUUCUGAAGUGGUAUUUUGGAGUAAGUAAUCGGGAUAUGUUUGUUGUAAUGCUGCCUGUGUUGGGAUAAAGCUGGAUUUGAUCUCUUGAGCGCCCCUAUUGUAGUAUUUUAUGCAAAUAAUACUAGCUGUUUGUGAUGUGCAUUAGUGCACACAUGCGUUGACUGAUGGAUGGCCAUUAUGGCUUCUAUGAAUGGACUGGAACUAUUUAACU